AUGAAUAGGUACAAGAAAAUGUUAAAGAACAAGAAAGGGAAAAGCCGUCAGAAGAAUGAGCAAAAAAAGAAAGGAAAGAAGAGGAUGGAAUAA